UAUCGAAUGCGGCGAAUAUAUCAUUUGGAAACAGGAAUAAACGGCAAGAUUACUGGAGUUGGGGACUGGUCGAGGAUAAUGAGCCAAAAAAUAGCCAGGUGCUAAUGCUGUCCACCACGCCAGCAGCCGACGAUGAAGCGGCUGCGUGUCUACCGUACACCUCGGCUAUGCCUGAUUUCUACCAGCCAGGUCGGCGGAUCAGCGAAACUAAAUGCUACGAAUAUGUUUGGCAAAUGCAAGACCAAGAUGAGAGAGAUCAAAGGGAAAAGGCAUGUUUGGCCUACAGGAGAAGAAAGGCCGGUUUACACUCGUUCCGGAACCUCGUCGUCGGUGGCCGACGAGCUCUUCAAGGCGAAUACCCUCACAUGGGAGCGCUAGGCUGGAGAGCCGUCGAGGGUACUUGGAUCUUCAAAUGCGGAGGGGCUCUAAUCAGCCCGCGAUUUGUGCUGACGGCUGCUCACUGCACCAAGUCAUCGCGCGAUCCUACUGUGGCUGAGGCUGCUCCGAAGAUCGUGAGGCUGGGAGCCAGGAAUAUUCUCGAUGUCCCUGAACCCCACGACGCGCUAAUCACUAGAAUCAUCGUCCACCCCUCCUACACUCCGCCUCGCAAGUACAACGACAUAGCUCUCCUGCAGUUGUCCAGAGACGUCGAAUUCUCAAGAUAUAUCCAGCCAGCUUGCUUGUGGACCUCGGUCAAUACAAGCGCCAUUUUAAGUGCAACUGUUACCGGCUGGGGAGUUGUAGUGUCAGGUAGUCGCGAUUCGUCCCCGAAUCUACAAACGGCUGACGUGGACAUCAUAGAGUCCACCACCUGCAGCGGGCUGCUCCGCCGCUACUGCAACCGAAAUUGGUGCGACUUAGACCAGACCCAGGUCUGCGCUGGGAAACUCGCGGGAGGAGUCGACACUUGCCAGCAAGAUGUCGACUACAGAUGGUCGUGGGGAUUCGUUGACGAUUACGAAACGACAACAAAAGCAAGAAGCCACGAGCCAUUCGUAAGUCCAGAACCAGACCCAGAACCCACAGACCCAGAACCCACAGACCCAGAACCCACAGACCCGGAACCCACAGACCCAGAAGUUUGUCAACCAUACAAUCCACCCACUCCGGACUUCAGUGCGCCUGGAAAAAGGAUCAGCCAAGCGAAAUGCGAGGAGUAUAUUUGGCACAUGAAAAUUAGAGAUGAGAGAGAGGAGAGGAAUAACCUGUGCACACAGUAUCUGCUGAGCCGAUCGAAUAAAACGACCAUUCUCGCGGCAAUCGGUGGCCAUAUUACCCUACCAGGGGAAUAUCCGCACAUGGGGGCAGUGGGUUGGAAAGCAGCUGGUGGUGGAACAUGGAUAUUCAAAUGUGGCAGCUCUCUCAUCAGUCACAAGUUCCUACUGACUGCAGCGCACUGCUCCCGCACCUCAGGAAGGGAUCCCUCCGUCGAAGACCCAGUACCGAAAAUAGUACGACUUGGAGACAAGAACAUAGCUGACGUGUUCUCCAACCAACAACUCCCCACUGACAAGACCAUCCAAAGAAUAACGAAGCACCCAGAAUACGCCGCACCGAAGAAGUACCACGACAUAGCGAUCAUCGAGCUGGUGGAUGGUGUCACGGACUUUACUGAGCUGAUUCAGCCUGCUUGUCUUUGGGGCACUUUCGACACUAGCAGUCUUGGUCAUAAAGCUAACCUCACUGGGUGGGGGGUGGUUGAGACGACGGGUCUCCAAUCCUCUCCGGAACUGCAGGCAGCAGAAGUGGACAUCAUCGACUCUGGCGUCUGCGACCAGCUUCUGAGGCCGUUCUGCAGCAGAUUAUGGUGCGGUCUGCAGGACGGACAGAUCUGCGCGGGAAUACUUGCUGGUGGAGUCGACGCGUGUCAGGGUGACUCUGGAGGCCCUCUCCAAGUACGAAUCCCCGAUCUAGACGUCCCUGGACAAGGCACGCUGCACUACGUGAUCGGCGUGACUUCGUUCGGGAUCGGCUGCGCCCGCUCCAAUAAGCCCGGCAUUUAUGCCAGGGUGUCGCAGUACAUUGACUGGAUUGAGGGGAUUGUGUGGAGAUAAAAUACUGCAAAAAUUGCA